AUGCUUCUGCAAUAUCUCGCGGCCACGGCCGCACUUGUCACUGCCUGUGCAGCAGCGCCUUACCCGAAAGAGGACGACAUGUCCAUAACCACUUCGCCACCUCAGAGGAGCCCCGAACGCCCAACCCUCGACAUUGCCGUUGGCAACUCAACCGAAGCCAUCAAGGAAGGAUGGCCAGUGGGGGCAAGCUUCUACGAGGGGGUGUUUGAGCAUUACUUACAAACUAACGAAGGACAGGGGCCAUGGUCACAUAUCGGUAUCAAACUGGGCCAGACCAUCAAAAACAAAGCUCAGCGCUGCAUUGCCUACAACGAGGACAAUGACCCAAUCUCUGUGCAGGUCAAGGACAAGACCGAAACUAUGAUCCCAGAUGGCAUUUGGAAGAUGUCAAAGCCCUCUUUGAUCAUGCGAUUGGCGUGCGACGAGAAAUAUGGCAGUACACCAGAUUCCAAGUUCAACUCAACGGCCACGGCCACGGUAACCUUCUCCGAUGAGAAGGGAACUAAAAAGAUGGAGAGAAAAUUUGAUGAUAAUCCCGCGAGCGACCCUUUCACCAUGCCGCUGCGAGGUGCAAAGUCCAUCGGUCCAUGGGCGCAGGUCGAAGUGAAGGUUGCUGAUGCCUACAAGGAUAAAUGGAUAUGUAUAGCAUUGGAUAAGGAUGGCAAUACUAUCGAGGUAUCGAAGGGAGCAGAAACGGAACAAGUGUUUUGGGAUGACGGGAAAGGGCCUUGGAAAUUCAAGAAGGAGACCGAAGUGCACAGAUUCGACUGCUCUCCUGAUGACUUUGCCUUUUUACAAAAGCAGCUAUCCCUGCGCGGCAGCUGUCCCGAGUCUCAAUAUGUCGCCAGCGCCAAGUUCCUAGCUGCGCCUAUGAACAAACGAGGUCGCAUUCGAUUUCCAGAUCUCCUACCACUCGGCCAUCUCGUUCUCCUCCACGGGUCGAUCAAACUGCAGGCGCGCAAAGGGUCACUCGCAGCGCCCAAAGACCCUUACAAAGUCCUUGGGGUAGACAAGAACGCUUCGGCAUCCGACAUCAAAAAGGCAUACUACGGCCUGGCGAAAAAGUUCCAUCCCGAUACGAACAAGGAUCCGACAGCAAAAGAGAAAUUUGGCGAGGUGCAGUCGGCCUACGAGAUUCUUUCCGAUGCGACGAAGCGACAACAGUACGACCAGUUCGGAGCUGCAGGCUUCGAUCCAAACCAAGGCGGUGGAGACCCCUUUGGUGGCGGUAAUCCCUUUGGCGGCGGCCAUCCUUUCUCUGGCUUUGGUGGACAAGGCGGUUUUGGGUCACACAUAAACAUGGAAGACCUUUUUAGCGCUUUUACCGGCCAGAAGGGGCCAUUCGGUGGUGGCGGCCGCGGUGGCCGUGGUGGACGGAAUCCCUUUGGGCCUCAGACUGUUGUGGGCGACAACAUUGAGGUCCAGACGUCCAUAUCGUUCGCGGAGGCGGCCAAGGGAACGAGCAAAACCGUAACCAUCAACCCAUUGGUCACAUGCAAGACAUGCAAAGGAAGUGGACUCAAAGCCGGAGCACAGCGGACCACUUGCAAAACCUGCCAGGGUACUGGCGCUCGGGUACACACCAUUAACGGUGGUUUCCAGAUUAGCUCGACGUGCACCAAGUGCUCCGGUACGGGUUCGGUCACGCCGCGCGGUUCUGACUGUGGGACGUGCCGCGGCGACGGUGUGACGAGAGAACGCACCACCAUCACGGUCGACAUCCCCGGCGGCGUGGAGGAUGGCAUGAGGCUUCGAGUGGAUGGGGAGGGAGAUGCAGCUGCAAUUGGAGGAGCGGAUCCGGAGUCCGUCCGCUCGGUGCGCGGCGACUUGUUCCUUCUCGUCCGUGUCCAGGCCGAUCCAAAAUACAAGCGGGCCGGUUCUGACAUUGUAUACACGGCCACGAUACCACUUACCACGGCCAUUCUGGGUGGUGAAGUCAAAAUCCCGACCCUCGACGGCGAUGUGAACGUCAAGGUCGCCACUGGAACAAACACAGGCGACGUGGUUACUCUGAGCGGCAUGGGUAUGAAGAAGCUGGGAUCUCGCUACGCGGGCAAGGGCGACUUGCGGGUCGAAUUCAAGGUUGCAAUGCCCAAGUAUCUCUCAGCCAACCAGAGGACUAUCGUUGAGAUGCUGGCCGAAGAAAUGGGUGACAAGACAGCCAAGCGCAUUAUGAACUUCAAGAUGCCUGGUUCCGAAACAUCUAACUCGACCAACAAUGCGGACUCCCAUCAGAACGAAGGAUUUCUGAAGUCGAUAUGGCACAACCUUACCAACCACCCAGCCCACCGCAAACCCGAAAGCUCGUCCGAAGCGUCUUCUGGAGACAGUAACAAGUCUUCGGAAAAAGAUGAGCCCAAAAAGCAAUCGGGCUCUGGAUCAGGUUAG